AUGUUGGUUUCACCGUAUCUAACUAUUCGCACUGGACACGGAUUGACGUCCGUGUGUUACUUUGGUUCGCGGCUUGUAACGGGUAGCAGAAAUGGCGGGUUGUGCAGCUGGGAUUUAGAGUCCGGGAAUCGGUUGUCGUCGUCGCGUCCCAGAGCCGACCUGGUGUCGGUGUUGCCUCUGGUGCCACAUGGUAUCGUGCUCUCUUCUAGCUGUUCCCCGCAUUGCGGCAUCGUUGCUCUGCAGCACAAGGACGUGGUUUCGCUGUUUGACCUUAAACGUAGCGGUGUAGUUCACGAGUUCGCGAUGUGUCAUAGCACGUUCGCUCGUAUCCGUUGCUGUUACUCUGGCAUGCCGCUGCUGCUGUGCCCGUCCGGCUUGAACUCCAUCGUGUGCCAUGACCUUCGCGCCCCGUAUGAGAUCAAAGGGUCUUACAACGCCACAUACUCCAAUCAUGGACCCCAAAAGUCUAUAUCGUCGCAGCACGUCAUUGAAGUCCGUGCACCGGCAGUUGGCGAGGAUGUAGGGAGCCUGCAAAAUUUCGAGCCGUUGCCCUCGGUUUCCGAUCAUCAUGUGGCGGCUACGUAUGAAUCUGGCUUAGUGGCAGUGUUGGAUCUGCGCAAUCCUGCCAUUCCGGUUUCAACGCUAAAGCUAAAGGGCGUAGAAGCGCUUCCGUCGCUCGCUGCGUGGCGAGACGUCCUGCUUGUAGGGGACACCGAUGGCAACGUUUCACUGCUCCAUGCGUCGCUGUCAGACGGCCUGAUGUUGUUACGCAGCAAAAACUUGUACGAGUAUGACACUCUGUUACGUGGUGUGGGAUGCCUGCGUACCCGUGCAGAUGGCGCCAUCAGCCUUGCGUGUUGCUGGGACUACGGAAUCCGCGUUUUGGACACACACACACUGGAAGUGAGCGCAGCACUGAAUGCGCACCACGACACGAUACUCGACGCAGCCUUCGACGUCGUCACUGGCGACUUCGCCACCUGUGGCUUGGACGGGAACGCGCACAUAUGGAAGCUUUUUAGGAGCAGUUACGAGGGAGUUGAUGCAGUUUAG